AUGGACCAUAAUCUCUCUAGGACCCACAUCCGCUGGCUGAAUUACUCUCUUAAAAUGAUGAAGAAGUCCCACGGAUCUGACAAUCUUCAAGGAAAACAGGAAAAGAACAGAAGAGAUAUUUUGAGGUCCACCAAAAGGGUCUGGGCUCCCCUGGAUGAGCAUCUGCCUCCUGACACUGAAGAGGAAAGGCAGAGGCUGGUUCUGUUUGUUUUUUUAUUAUUUGUAGAGGAUUUCAAACAAGAAAAUAUUCAGCAGUGGCUGGACUCUGGAUUAUUUGUGUCUACCAAUGAAAACUAUCAUCAAGUCUUUGACCAUACUGCUCCUUUGCAUGAACAAGGAAUGGUUCAUAUGACUGUGAAAGACUAUGUGAGGUCUCUGCAUCAGUUUUCAGAAACCCCCACCCUAUCCAGAGGGACCAGUUUCAACUCUUGCCACUCUACCGCAAGUAUACCACAAAGCAUUCCUGAACUUCUGGAAUUUUGGGAAAAAGAUCCAGUGGAGCUUCUUUUAGAUCUGGGAUUUGGUUCCAAUGAGCCAGAUAUCUGCACCCAAGUCCCAGCCAGAUUCCUGGAUUAUAAUUCAGCAGCCAGAGGAAUCAACGUCAAUGUUUUUCUAGAAGCUCAAAAGCAGCGAAAGGAUGUUGAGAAUCCUAACAUAUAUGAUCGUUUCCAACAGCUGCAAAUACUGGACCAUGUGAAUGCUUUCUCAACUUUCUUGAAUGAGGUUAAUGUCCGGCAAAAUGAAAUGGAAUUGAAAUAUGAGCAAAAGAGACUGCAAACUACUUCAGUGAAUAGCACCAAAAAGCACCGAAGAAGAAGGGGUGAAUUUUUCAGGAGAUAUUCCGAGCAGAGUAGCAGGCGGGAGUGCAAUGAUCAGGCAUCAAAACCAUCAAACAGAAGGGGGAGAUUUUCCCUCACCUUGACAAAGCCAGCCAAAUAUGGAGUGAAUCUCACAGCAUCAACAAAGCACUGUGACCAAAGUCAUUCAUCUCCUCCAGCAGAGUCUCUGCUGCUCCAGGUUCCCAAGGGCUCAAAGCCCAUGGUCUUGCCAGUCAAGCAGGCCUCUCCUUCCUGUGUGAUUGAGAAAAGAGCGAAGGACAGAAACCAAAAGGAAAGUUCAGUUCACACCAACAGGCUCAAGAAACUGUUUUGUCAUGCAGGCAAUGCACCCGACUCCUUUGAAAUGGAAGAGGUCCUGAGCUUUGAGGAAGAUACCAGUAAUCCUCUUGAUAAGACUUCAGAUCUCAUGGUAAAUAGAACAAACAGUUGCCAGUCUGACAGCAGUGGAUUUCUGGAGGAACCACUGGACCCACCAGGCCAGCAGAUGCCAGGCUUACCAAGCAGACAGAACUCUGUUGAGAAUGGAUGCAUGAUACCGAAGGACAAGAGUCCCAACUUACAACUUAUCUAUGACUACCAUCAAGAGUCUGAAGAGUCUGAUUCUAAGACUAUGGCAAGCACAUCUUUUUCUAGUCAAGACUGGAGUGUUUUGGAAGAAAAGGUCUCUGUACCUGUGGUGGAAAAAGAGACUCAGUUGGAAGCCAUGGAGGGGAUACCAGAGCCUUGGCCCCCAGGAAUGACCCUUGAAGAGACCUACACUGAAGAAUACCCAAGGAGAAACCAGUACCUGCAGCAACCCCUACAAAUGGCCCUGAAAGAAAAGGAUGUCUCCAUGAGCACUGUUACUUCCAAGGAGGAUUGCUCUCUGGAGGUGAAUGAUGGGUUUCGGAGACCCAAAGGAGCCAAGGAAAUAUGUAUGCAAAGCAACCAUACAGAGUUUCCAAGAUUUUCUCAAGACAAGUGCUUGCAUACUGAUCCUGGAAUGCCAGGAAAAGCAGAACACAGUCAAAUUUGUCCUGACAUCCACAAUGACUUACUUCCAAGUAAAAGCCCACUACAGCAUGUACCCAAGCCCAAAGAAGUCACAUCUCAUUCAUUAGCUGAAAUGUCCUUUCCCUAUGCUGAUAAAUUGGGUGCAGAUACUCCCCAAAGGAAGUCAUGGUAUCAAGUUUGGGGUCAAAUGCCACUUGAGCCAGAAAGUGUGAGGGAAACUUUGCUUUUAAAGUCUGAUUCCAACACUAGCACCUCCAAGUCUGUAACAAUUCAGGUAUCUUCCAAUAAGGCCACAGCUAUUCAAAGGGCUGUGGCCUUCGGUACUGACUCUCAAGGAAUAUCUUCCAAAUGUACUUUAUGUAAUCAGCUCAUCAACACAAGACCAGAGUUGGGGACAGCAGCAAGGCAAUUCAAUGAUGUUUCUGUUCAGACUGACACAUGUGAAGCCAGACUCGGGCAUUGUUGUUCAGCACCAAGGAACAAGGCCUUGACUCAUGCUGCUCAGCCCCUCAUCAGAUCUCUCUCUGUAGACACAGGCUUGCCUACUAUCUGCCCAGUGGAUGUUAGCUAUGCUGUACCUGCUCACUGCCCCUACACCUAUAAUCAUCACAGUCCCUACUGCCACCAAGAGAGGCAAAGUCCCAUCCCAGUUCCUCUGGCCUGCAAGCAUUGCCCUUGUUCACACCAUCAUCAUCCUGAAGUGCAAUUCUUAAAGACACUGAAAGUCCUGCAAGAAACUACAGUUAGAGAGCUGUGCUCUUGCGUGGCUUGUGAGAUGGAGGUGAUGAAGAAGGUAUGCCAGAGUUUCCGGGAGCACCUAGAAGACAUUACACAGCAUCUUACGAGAGAGCAGGCCCUCCUUUUCAAAGACAUGACAGAAGAGGAAAGGGAGGAAUCUGAAGAACUGAAAACUCUACGGGAGGCCCUGAGGCAGCAAGUGGAAGAGCUAGAGUUUCAAUUAGGAGAUCGGGCACAGCAAAUCAGAGAUGGGAUUCUAUGGCAGUUUGAGCUUCUCACAGGAGAAUCUGAAUAAAAUACUAGGCUUCAUCAAUAUAACUGGACCAAAGAAAAAAAUAGCCUGACUUCCUGUGCCAAAACUCAUGAGUCCAUUACUGACUUGUCUUCAAAUGAAGGCUAG